AUGCCGACCAAAUCCUCCUUUGCAGAUGUCGAGAUUCCGGAUGUUGAUCUCUGGACCUUCCUCUUCGAGCGAAGUAACAAGGGAUUUGCAGACGACCAGGUGAUUUAUCGGGCGUGUACUGGCGAUCGCAAAUACACGUUCACGGAUGUCUUACACAAAGCCACAGCUUUCGGCGAAGGCUUGCAGCAAGCAUGGGAUUGGCAACAGAACGAUGUCCUGAAUAUCUAUGCUCCCAACGACAUUGACGUCGGGCCAGUAAUCUUUGGAACUUUCUACGCAGGAGGCAUCGUGUCGCCUGCGAACCCCGGCUAUUCUCCCGAUGAACUUGCUUUCCAACUCUCGAAUUCCGGCAGCAAAGCCAUCGUCACCACGAAGUCGUUCUUAUCAGCUGCGCUGAAGGCUGCGGCGAAGGCCAACAUCCCCAAAUUUCGAAUCCUUGUAUUAGGCGCAGACGUAUAUGACAGUGGGCAGUUCAAGCAUUGGACACAGUUGAAGAAGACUUCGGGUAACUAUCCAAGAAGAAAGCCGGCGAGUCCGUCCACUGACCUGGCUUUUCUGGUCUACUCCUCGGGCACGACCGGUCUUCCCAAGGGAGUGAUGCUGUCUCACAGUAAUGUCAUUGCAGACCUCUGUCAGAUUCGCGGCUCUGUUGGAACCUAUUACAACUCAGACAAGGACAAGAUUUUAGGCGUCCUUCCGUUCUUCCACAUCUACGGUCUGACGGGCCUGGUUCACCAACCGCUCCACCGAGGGAUCGAACUGGUGGUUAUGCCAGGUUUCGAUCUGAAGCUCUUCCUCGAAAGCAUACAAAAACACAAGAUCACAUUCAUCUAUGUCGCCCCGCCUGUCAUCGUUCGCCUGGCCAGAGACGAGAUCGUCAAGAAUUAUGAUCUCAGCAGUGUCAAGAUGAUCACAUCUGGUGCCGCUCCACUCACACAGGAACUGGUCGACACGGUAUACAAGAAGCUCAACAUCAAGAUCAACCAAGCCUAUGGCCUUUCUGAGACCUCGCCAAUGACCCACACCCAGCCGUGGGAUGAGUGGUAUAGCUCAGUAGGCAGCGUGGGCAAAAUCUUUCCCAACAUGACGGCGAAGUACAUGUCUGAAGAUGGUCAAGAGCUUCCGCCAGGACAAGCAGGAGAACUUUGGAUGGCUGGACCAAAUGUCUUCCAAGGUUACUGGAAGAAUCAGACGGCCACUGAUAACGCCAUCACUGUAGCGGAUGGAACCCGGUAUUUCAAAACUGGCGACGUCGGAUUCCAGGACGAGAAGCAUAAUUUCUACAUUACGGAUAGAGUCAAGGAGCUGAUCAAGUACAAGGGCUUUCAAGUUGCUCCUGCAGAACUUGAGGGAAAGCUCAUGGACCAUCCCUUGGUCAACGAUAUCGCAGUAAUUGGCGUCGAAGAUCCCGAACAGCACACUGAAGUACCCAGAGCAUACAUCGUGCACGCCAAGAAAGGCAAGGAAGCCGGGGACAAGGAGACUGGCAUGCCAACGAAAGAGACAGAAGCUGACGCACAAGAUAUCAUGGACUGGACAGCGAGCAAAGUCGCCCAUCACAAACGACUACGAGGCGGUGUGAGAUUCAUCGACGAGAUCCCAAAGAGCGCCAGCGGAAAGAUUCUGAGACGGCUGCUGAAGGACAGAGUCAAGAAAGAGGCCGGGCCGAAGUCGAAGCUUUAA